UUUGGUGAACAUGUCACUCUUCCAGAACGCUCUGUUCCUAGCACUUGUUAUCAGAAACAGUGUGGUGACAUCACACAAGAUAGCAAUAGUGGGUGGUGGAAUUGGUGGUACUACCAGCGCCUUCUUUAUCAAACACCUACUCGGAGAUAAAGCUGAGAUUAAGAUAUUCGAAAGAGAGGAAGUGGGAGGAAGAUUGCAGGAAAUGAAGAUUGGAGGAAAAUCUUACGACAGCGGAAAUUCCAUUAUUCACUCUGACAAUGUCUACGCUAAAGCUCUCACUGAAAAAGUUGGACUGAAGGCGGAGAAGUUAGAUGGUACAGGUGGGACUGGGUUUUAUGAUGGAAAAGAGUAUGUUUUGACACUUACUGGCACCGCUUUCAAGGAUAAAUUCAAGGUACUGGGAAGGUACGGUUUUGGUAUGAGUAACCUUAUGAAAGAAGCCACGAGAAUGACAAAAAAUUUCAAACGAAUCUACUGUCUGCAGAGUAACAAAGUGGCGUUUAAAUCUACAGCUGAACUGCUGAAAUCUACCUCUCCUGAUUUUCUGAAGAAUGCAGGGACCACUAUGAGAGAGACUCUUAAAACUAUGAAGGUGUCAGAUCUCAUCCAAAAUGAGUUAGUCUCAGCAAUACUGCACACGAACUACAACCAAGGCCUAGAAGUGAACGGGUUUGUUGGGUUCAUGACUGUAGCUGGAGGCUUGGUGGGAUCUCUAUGGAGAGUUGAUGGAGGUAACUUUCUCCUGCCACAACAUGUAUUAGAGGAGAGUGGCGCGGAGUUAGUUAAAAGCAAAGUUAGGAGUAUCAUACCAUCUGAUGACAAAGAGGGUUAUAAUGUGACCUAUAGUUCAUCUGGUGACACGGAAGAGUUGGAGACAGAAGAAUUUGACGCAGUGGUUCUUGCAACUCCGCUUCAUAAUGCUGAUAUAGAGCUGCCUGAUGGAGUGGAUGUUGCUGGAAACACUAAACCCUUCCAGAGAACACUUGCAACCUUUGUUAAUGGAGUUCUAGCUCCUGUUGUUCCUGGGGAGAAAAAUCCUGCAGAUAUUGUCACUGUCACAAGCGAAGACAAGCUUCAUUUCACUUCAAUCAGCUUCUUAGGAUCUGCUGACAAGGACUCCAACUACAAAGUGCUUUCCAAAGAACCUCUGACAGAUGACCAGAUGAAGAAGCUGUUCUCCAAAGUGAACGAAGUUAAGGUUGUUGACUUGAAGGCGUAUCCUAAAUACUCAGUUCCUGAUACCCUCCCUGACUUCGAGUUAGCUCCGGGGCUUUACUACGUUAACGCGAUUGAGUCAGCUGCUUCAGCGUUGGAAAUGCUCUGCAUUGGCAGCAAGAAUGUGGCAUUGCUGGUCUACCAGAAUUUAGAGAAUGUCGAGAAUGUAGAUUCUGAUACUGUGUGCCAGCACAAGGAUCUGCGUAAGGCUAAAAAGGAGCUAUGAUGUGACUUUCACUCACCUCUUGAAGUAUUUUAUUUUCCAGUAGUUUUAGUUUAUUUAACUUCGGUACUUGUAGCUGGUUUCUCUUGUAGUUGUAUACAUGCGUUGUGCAUUGUUAUUGUGGUUUGUUUUUAUAAUCAGUAAUUCAGAAGGUCAUUUUUAAUCACUUGGUAUUUCUAUCAUGUAUAUUAAUCAAACAUUUUUAGAUUGUACAAUUUACAUAAAACAUAUAUAUUGGAGGGAUUUAUCCUCAUUUUUUACUGUUGACACAUUAAUGUUUGUUUAGUUAAAAAUUUGUAUUAUUGGGUUUCACAGUAUGUAACAUUGUAUAUAUUAAAGAAUAUGAUUUAUAAGGUAAUUUAUUAUUCAAAUUUAGGAUUAUUCUCAGGAACCGCGACAUUUCAUUGCUUGAUAAAAAUUAGUUUUUCAGAUAAGAAUAUUAUAUACGAUUGUAAGAUUAAGUUUGCAUCCUACUACCAAAGUCUCUACAAUCUAUACAUUAUAAUAUGUAGUCAUUUACUUGCUGUGAAAACGAGUGUGGGCCUAAUCACGAUCCUAUUGGUACACCAUAUCAUUAUUUAGUAUGGAGCACGUGCGAUACUAUUUGUAAUAACUGCUCUUUCUUGAUUUAUGAUAUUAUCUAAUAAUACUCUUUUGUU